ACGUGGUGGACAGCUCCCAGUGCUGAAUCUGUCAAAAAAGGAGAUUAUUCUGCCCUGAUCGCCCUUAAACACCAAAGGAAUUGUGCUAUGCUGUUUUAAAGAUCUUAUUCAGUUGUAUCACAUUUUGUUUGACCUGACUGCUUUGUCAACAAAGCUCACAAAGAUAACAAUGGAGGCACGUAUCAGCGCACAGCACUGGAGAAGGUACGUCUCGGUCUUCUUUAUUUUCUCUGCCGCCCUGAACACGGCAUAUGCCGUUACUCACUAUUCUAUUCCUGAAGAAAUGGAGGAGAGCUCCGUUGUGGCUAAUCUUGCAGCUGAUUUAGGUUUGGAUGUGAAAACAUUGAGUAGACGUAAGAUGCGGUUAGACAUUAUCUCGAAUAAAAAAUAUCUGGAUGUGAACAAAGAAACGGGGGAGCUGUACAUUGUAGAGAAGAUGGACAGGGAAUAUCUUUGCCCUGCUAAGACAUCCUGUUUUCUUAAAAUGGAAGCUAUUAUUGAAAAUCCACAACGGAUCUUUUACAUCGAAAUAGAGAUAAUGGACAUCAAUGAUAACGCCCCCCAUUUCCGAAGGGACACCAUUAACUUGGAUAUUUCAGAAGCAACACAGGGUGGUGAACGAUUUUCUGUUAACAAUGCAGUGGAUCCUGACGUUGGUUCAAACUCAGUGAAAACAUACCUAUUGAGCGAAAAUGAGCACUUUACCAUCGAAAUUCAGACAGGAAGAGACGGGUCAAAAUUCGCUGAUUUGAUACUGAAAAGGGUAUUAGACCGAGAGCAGCAGGCGGUUCAUAAUCUAAUACUCACCGCUGAAGACGGUGGAGUCCCUGCGCGCUCUGGUACAGCCAGUAUAGUUGUUCGCGUUUUAGAUACGAACGACAACGCUCCUAAAUUUGACAAAGACAACUACAAAAUCGAUAUAAUGGAAAACUCCCCUAUUGGAAGCCUUGUUGUUAAAUUGAAUGCAACAGACUUAGAUGAGGGCACCAAUUCGGAAAUAUUAUAUUCUUAUAGCCUGUAUACAUCAGAGAAAACACAACAAACGUUCCAUUUAAACCCUAACAACGGUGAGAUCACGGUAAAGGAAAUGAUCAAUUAUGAGGAUUUCAGGAUCUAUGAUAUGGAAGUAAUUGCAACGGAUAAGGGGUCCAAUUCAUUGACAGGUCAGUGUAAAUUAACCGUUUUAGUUACGGAUAUGAAUGAUAAUCAUCCCGAAAUAUCCAUCAAAUCCUUUCAAAGUCCAGUCAAGGAGGACAUAGCAGUAGACACGGUGAUAGCAGUGGUUAGUGUCAGCGAUAAAGAUUCAGGUGACAAUGGGAUAGUUGAUAUUCGUAUAGCUGAUAAAUUACCUUUUGCGCUGAGAGAGUCUUCUGAUAACUAUUACGAGUUGGUAGUUUCAGAGCCUCUGGAUCGUGAGAAGGUCCCUGAAUAUGAAAUCACUUUUACGGUAACAGACAGGGGUUCCCCUCCGCUAUCUGACAACGAAACUAUUACUUUAGAACUACUAGACAUAAACGACAACGUUCCACAGUUCCCCCAGUCGUUCUACAUUAUACCCGUUAUGGAGAAUAACGCACCUGGGGCCUUGCUAAGUUCCCUCACUGCGUUUGAUCCAGACCUCCAUGAAAACCAGUAUCUAGUUUAUUUCAUCAUAGAGAAGGAGAUAGUGAACACCUCCAUGUCCAUGCUGUUCUCAAUCAAUCCGGAGAACGGCAAUCUUUACGCACUAAAGACGUUUGACUAUGAGAUAGAGAAGGAGUUCCUUUUCCACAUUGAGGCCAGAGACUCUGGUGUUCCUCCGCUCAGCAGUAACGUGACUGUCCACAUCAUUAUUGUGGACCAGAACGACAACACCCCGGUCAUAGUGUCUCCGUGGCGCGCGCACGGCUCCGUGGUGGAGGAGAAGAUCCCCAGAUCCACCGAUAAAGGAUCCCUGGUUUCCAAGGUGAUAGCCAUAGACACGGACUCGGUCCAGAACUCUCGGAUUACAUACCAGUUUCUACAGGUUACUGACGCCACCUUAUUCAGUCUGGACCAAUACAACGGAGAGAUACGUACUAUGAGAAUGUUCAGUUACAGAGAUCCGCGUCAUCAACGGCUGGUUGUCAUCGCCAAGGACAAUGGGGACCCUGCUCUCUCUGCUACAGUUACCAUAAAGCUCUCAACAGUGGAGACUGCCGUUAAAGCCUACUCUGACAUGACUGAAGUGCCGCUAGAAUAUGACAUAUUUUCAGAUAUAAACUUGUAUUUGGUGAUCGGCCUGGGCUCAGUGUCCUUUCUGUUAUUGAUCACCAUAUUGGUCACCUGUGUGCUGAAGUGUCAGAAACCAAUGCCCAGCAAAGCGGCCCCUCCAAGUAGGAACAGCGUGAUCAGCGAGAGAAACUCAACCAUUGCAGAUUCCACCCUGGUCUCCAACGAUGCCUACUGGUACAGUCUGUUUCUAGCGGAGACAAGGAAAGGAAAGCUGGUAGUCAGACAGCCUGUGCCAAAGGCGGGUUCCAGAUACAUCGUGUCCAGUCUACCAAGGAGCACUGGCCUGACAGAGACCAGCGACUCAGCAGCCUCUACUCUGCAGGUAAGAAUAAAAUCUUAA